AUGUCCUUUUCUACUUUUUCUCAUACCAUUUUCAUGUGUCCUGUUAUUUCUUUUUUCUUAUAUCUUUUCUUACCGAUUUCUUAUGUGUUCUCUUAUAUUCUUUUUUUUAUCAAAGAUAUGACAUUAUACACCUUCUCUCUCCCACUGAACAUUCACAUCUCCAAAUUAAUCAUUUGUUUAUUUUCUUUUAUCCUUCCUAUUUUCUUCUUCAAUGUUGUUUCAUGUGGUCUCUGUUCCAUUUUUUUAUUCGUUUUUCCCUUCUGCAGUUUUUCGCUUGAUCGUUUUCUUUUCGUUAUAGGGAUUUUCCCUUCUUGUUUUCUUUAUUUUCAUUCUAAACACCUUUCUUUCUUUUGCCUCUGUCCUAUGCUAUGUCUUUUUAAAGUCUUUUUUCUUUUCUAUUUUUUAAUUCUUUUUUCUUUUCUUACUUUCCUUCUUAUAUUCAAACAUCACAUUUUUUUAUGCUUUUCUUUUAUCAACAAAUUUAAAUUCUUUUUUCAACUUUUGUUUCUUAUAACCUCUUUUCUCUCUUUUUCCUCGCUGUUUGUUUUCCUUUACCCUUAA